GCAUCUUGAGCUUCAAAACUGGAAAGUACGGAACACUGAAAAGUGUUUACUUACUUUCAUUUUCACUUUUUGUGCUGACUAACUGCGACUGUUUUCCGCGUUGUGUACUAUUAGACAUUUAGAAUAAUCGCGCAUUCUUUCGACUAUUUAAUUCUUGCCUAUUAUUGCAUUGAAACGGGUAUUUUUUGACUAUCAAAUAAAUAUAUUCCCAUCACACAAGAUGACUUCCAUAGACAUUCGCCCGGAGUCCAAGAAGAUGGUCGAUGACUUCUGCACUCAGCUCACUAAAGAGGCAGAGACCCUGGUCACAUCAUUCUUCCCUCAGAAGAUUGCAGAGAUGGAGAUGCUAUUGAAGAAAUCCUUUAGCACUGAUGGCCUGGCAGCUCUGAAGUCACCUCUGGACAUCCCAAUGCCAGACCCAGCUAAAGAAGAGGCAAAGAGAAAGAAGAAAGAGGAGAAAGAAGCAAAGGAAGGAAAGAAAGACAAGGACAGCGAUAAAGAAGAUGAAGAUGCAGGGCCUGCCUGCGGUCCGAUCCCCUGCAACGAGAGAGUGGAAAGUCUUCUGAAGGAGAUCAAGCCUCAGAUCCAGAUACUGAAAGAGAAACUCAACACCGUGUCAAUGUGGGUGCAACUUCAGAUUCCCAAAAUUGAAGAUGGGAACAACUUUGGAGUAGCUGUGCAGGAAAAAGUGUUUGAAUUGUUGACCAACACUCGCACAAAGAUUGAGGGAUUCCAGACACAGAUCUCAAAGUACUACAGUGAGAGAGGGGAUGCUGUUGACAAGGCCUCAAAAGAGCCACACGUGGGAGACUACAGGCAGCUGGUGCAUGAGCUGGACCAGUACCAGUACUGUGAGCUGCGCAUCGUGGUUCUGGAGAUCCGCAACACUUAUGCCGUGCUGUUGGACAUAAUUAACAAGAACUAUGACAAGAUCAAGAAGCCCAGAGGGGACUGCAAAGCCCUCAUCUACUGAUGAUCAACUGACUGUUGUAUUUGCACUCUAGUUGGCAAUACACCUACUCAACCAUUCACUGGUUAUGAUACAAAUCGUGUAGUGUAACAUGUUAAGAUGAUUGUUGGGUAACUGAAUACAUUGACAGUUCAUUUAAAAACAUUUUCAUUUUCAUCAAUGAUAAAAAUAACACUGCUGUAUUACACAAUCAUUUUUAUUCAGAUUUCAAAAUAAAGCAGUGAUAACUGACAUAU